AUGCCUUUAAAUACUCCAUACCCUGUUGAAAAGAAUACUUUCAAUAUUUCCGAUGAAGACGACGAUUUCCCUACAAGAAAUUUAAACGAAAGUUCACCUUUAACACAAUCGACAAAAAGAUAUAUGAAACAAGAUUUUGCCAAUUCAGUUACAUCUCUACCUUCAUUACCUCCCAAACCAUCACAUCUACAACCACAAAAUCGUCCACAACAUCAACAACAACAACAGCAGCAGCAGUACCCAUACGGCAACUUAUCAGCCAAACAACUGAAUAAACACAAACAAAUGUUUGAAAAUUCCGUUCCUGAAACCAAUAAAAAAGAUUAUCUUGGGAAUACUACCACAGUUAGGGAAUUACCUCCUAUACCAGAUAAUGAGAAACUCCAUUCGAAAAAUCCAUUUUCUGAUUCACGUUAUGCUAGUCGUGAUUAUGAUGAUGUGGAUUUACCUCCUUCACCACCUCAUUCAGAUCCAUUUAGAAAUGAUGAAAUAUCUGAUGAUGAUUCUCAUUCAGAUUUAAAACAUAAAAUGAAACGAAAUGAAAAAAAUCGAAUUCGUUCAUUACGAAGGAAACCAAGAUUUCAUUAUACUAAAUUACCUUAUUUUACCAUGGUGAUUUCUCUUAUUCAAAUCAUUGUAUUUAUAGUGGAAUUAGCGAAAAUGGCUCAUCUUACAGGUUCAGCUUUCCAAACGAAACCAUAUUUUAAUCCAAUGUUGGGACCACUGACAUUUCUACUUAUUAAUAUGGGGGCACGUUAUGUACCUUGUAUGCAUCAAAUUAAAGAUAUAACCGAUGAUACUAGUAUAUUAUUCCCCUGUGCCAAUUCUACAUCAGUAGAUACUUAUGUAUGUUCAUUAAGUGAAUUGUGUGGAUUAACUAAAUUAAAAUUAAGUAGUGAUGGUUCUGCAUAUUUACCUGAUCAAUGGUAUCGUAUAUUUAUUCCUAUUUUUUUACACGCGGGAUUUUUACAUAUAAUAUUCAAUUUAUUGUUACAAGUGACAAUGGGGUCAUCAAUUGAACGGAAUAUUGGUAUUAUAAAAUAUGCCAUUAUUUAUAUUUCAAGUGGUAUUGGUGGGUUUUUAUUGGGUGCCAAUUUUACUCCUCAAGGGAUUGCUUCAACUGGAGCCCUGGGAGCUUUAUUUGGAAUAGUUGCCACUAAUAUAAUCCUUUUCAUAUAUACGGGUAAGAAAAAUACUAAUAUGUAUGGUACAAAACAUUAUGCCCUUUUCAUCUGUAUAAUGAUUGGAGAAAUUGUUAUAUCACUUGUUUUAGGAUUAUUACCGGGAUUAGAUAAUUUUAGUCAUAUUGGAGGAUUUGCCAUGGGGAUAUUAUCAUCAAUUGUGGUAUUAAAAGAUCCAUUUUGGGUAUUUAUUGAUGGAAUCAUUACUUAUCCGAAAAACCCUAGUACUUGGCAACAAUUUUUAAAUAAUUGGAAUCCAAUGUAUUCAAUUGAAGAUAAAAUAAGAUCAAGAUUUUUCAUUUGGUGUGGAGUUAGAAUCAUCGCCCUUAUUUUAAUGAUUAUUUAUUUGGUAUUACUUUGUAAGAAUUUUUUCAAUAAUGAUAUUAAUAGAGGGAACAAUUGCAAAUGGUGUAAAUAUUUCAAUUGUAUACCCGUUAAAGGUUGGUGUGAUAUUGGUCAAGUUAGUGUGACAUCAACUACAACAACAUCUGACUCUAAUUCCAAUUCCAAUUCCAAUUCCAAUCCAACUACCACUGCUAGUUCAAGUUCAUCUAGUGUCCCAACAACGAGGUAUUCAACAAUGACUUAUACAACUUCAAUGCCUUCAAGUGUUGAAAAUCCUAAAUCAAAUACUAAUUCUGAAGGUACUAAUGGUGGAUUAAGAAAAAGAUUUGCCAGUAGUUUUACUGGUGGUAAUAGUGGUGGUACAGCUAAUAUCGCUGCACGUGCUGGUGGUGACAUUCAACAACAAUACGGAAUUGGUAGUGGAUUAUAUGUGAUAGUGAUCUUUUUCACAAUUUCAUUUUUGAAAAAGAAGAAAAUUAUAUAA